UCAUAUCAAUCAGUGUUGAAGGAAACCGUGAAGAAUUAGUACAGAUUUUUUAUAUUAAGACUAACCUAAUUAGAUAAAUGAAGUGAUCUUAUUUGAAUUUAGGAUAAAUAAAUACGGGGCCAUAAUGCGUCCAGUGCUAUUUGUGGCACUUCUGUGUUGGGGGGUGCUCGCUGCUCGGGCUUAUGAGGACUCCAACCUUGAAGACGAUGACUUUGCGGAGUUCGAACAGUUUGAUGCCGAGGAUGACCUUCCAGGAGGAGACCAGGGUUUUCAAGAUUUCAAUGAUGUAGAAAAAGAGGCUCCGGCUCAAAAACCAAAGCUGACUUUGAAUGAAGAAUUCGAGACAGAAAUUGAGACUGAAGAUGAGCUUGUUGUUGAGGAUGAAGACAAUGAGUUUGAGCACUUCCAAGACCCGGAAGAGUUCGAAGGGUUCCAGGACAACGUUCCCCGGAACACUGAGCAGCCAAAGAUUACCAUAUCUAAGGUCCCAAUCACGGUCCGGCCCCGCUGGGACGCGUACUGGCUUGAGGGCGCGCUGUGCUGCCUGCUGGCCGGGUACGCGCUGGCGUACGCCGUCGGCCGCGCCAAGAACACAGCCAUCGCCACCAACUUCCUCAAACUGCACAAACCGCUACUAGAUGAUAACUUUACUCUAGUCGGUGAGACGGGUAGCGACGUUGUAUGCGCAGGCGAUGACCGCGGCUGGCGGCGCGAGGCGGAACAUUGCUUCACCAUGUGGUGCAGCGGCCGUGUGUGCUGCGAGGGAAUGCUGCUCACACUUAAGCUGAUCAAGCGCCAAGACCUGGUCCACGUGAUCCUGGGCAGCUUCCGUAAGACGCCCGACACGCUGCAGGCCCGCAUCGAGCUGGGUAAAGAUGACAGCGACUCCUUCGUGCUGUGCAUCGCGCAGAAGAAGAUCGCCACGCGCCUCGCCAAGGAGAUGCAAGACUUGAGCGUGUUCUGCCCCGAGCGGCGGCCUGGCGACAAGCACGGGCUGCCAUCUUCGCUCUCCGUCAUGUCCGAGUGCGGCGAGGCCACGGCCGCCAUCUUGGAUACUAGGGUCACAGCCGCCCUAGCGCAGUACCACGACUACAUACAGUACAUACACAUAUCCGACAAGUACGCCGGCGUCAAGCAGAUGGAGGAGAGUGCAGCCACGAAGCCUCCGGACACUGAGCGCGUGCUGAUCGUUUCCCUGGCGUUGGGUCCAGACGGCGGCGGUGCUGAGGUCCGACCUCUACUGCUGCUCGUGUUCCAUCUACUGGAGAAAGUCAAGCGCACCCGGCUUAGCAAAGAGGCCCUAGCCAAGUGCGACAAGCGUCGCCAGAAGGUGGCGGAGGCGUGGCUGCGCGGCGCGCACGCCGCCCGCCAGGAGCAGGCCGCGCAGCGCCGGGAGGAGAAACGCAAGCAGGAGAAGGAGAAGAUACUCGCUGAGGACGACCCAGAAAAGCAGCGGCGAUGGGAGCUGAAGGAGCAGAAACGCCAACAGAAGCGCAAGACCCCCAAGAUGAAGCAACUCAAAGUCAAGGCGCUCUAAGCCCGUACUAAUAUACACUCCAGAUA